GAUCUUCAUGCAACCCAGAGAAUCUCGUAACUCCUCCCAUUUUUUCCCCCUUUUUUCUCGUGAAGAUAACCUGUCAACAACGAAUUCCGUCUACUUUGCGUCUGUAUACGUAGUAAGAAUCGCAAACUGAGAAACUCUGUAUUUAGAAUUGCAAUUUAUAUGUGUCUGUCAGUGAUACAACACAUUUGUCAAAAAUACAGUCAUUCUACAUAUAGAGCGUGAACUAUAGUGGGUCAUUUAUGUGCGGUUUAUAUGCUUCUGGCAUAACAAUAUAUGUAAUACCAUGCAGGGGCGUAGCUAGAGGGGGGCAUCUGUCCCCGGGCGCAGAAUCCAAGAGGCGCCAAACUGAUGUUACGAUAUUUUAGAAUUAAAUGUUUUCCAUCCUUGGCAAGCAGUAGGGGGCACGAAAUCUUCAGUUGUCCCUGGGCGCUGAAAACCCUAGCUACGACUCUGAUACCAUGUUGUAAAUAUUAAAACUGUAUGUCAUUAAGAAGUGAAAUGAAUUAUGUAGAAUAAUGCCAUAUAUAAACAUGCUGAACAAUUGAGUCUUGUAACCUGAGAGUAUAUCUGAACGAAGUGCACAUCAGAAGUCAGAAUACAGUCUGAGAGCGACAUGAUAUCAACAUGAAUCAAAAACCAAUCAAAUGUCAUGUGUGUAGUGAAUCAUUUCCAAGUCAGCAAUUUUUAAAUAAACAUAUGCAUACUCAGUGUGAUGAGAAAUUUUAUGAAUGUGAUGUAUGUACUAAAUCAUUUCCAUCCAAAAAUGUGUUAGAAAACCAUAUACUUAUACAUACUCAUGAAAAGCCGUAUAAAUGUGAUAUAUGUUCAAAAUCCUUUACAAAAAUAAUGUGCUUAACAAGCCAUAUGCUUAGCCACACAGCGGAGAAAAAGCAUGAAUGUGUCACAUGUUCAAAGAGGUAUGCAUUCGCAUUUAUGUUAAAGGCACAUGCGCUUAUACAUUGUGAAGACAAACCACAUGAAUGUUCUACAUGUUGCCAAUCUUUUAGAUUUAAAACUGAUUUAAAAAUACAUAACCUUAUUCAUUCUAGGGAGAAACUUACAUGUGAUUUAUGUGAUAAGUCGUUUGUUUUUAAAAAUCACUUAAAAGCACACAUAUGUAGUCGAAGUGGUGAGAAACCUCAUAUUUGCAAUAUAUGUAACAAAUCUUUUGCAUAUAAAAGUAUCUUAAACACACAUUUGCUUAUGCAUACUGGUGAAAAACCAUAUAACUGUGACAUUUGUUCCAAAUCAUUUGCUUUAAAAUAUGUGCUGAACAGUCAUAUACGUGUUCAUCUUGAUAAAAAAAUCAAUGUACAAACUGUAUGUAAUGAGUCAAUUGUACAAAAAACUUCUUCAGACCAGUACAUGUCUGUCUGCACUCGUGAGAAAUAUAAAUGUGAUAUGUGUAGUAAGUCGUUUACAUUCAAAUGUUUGUUAAAGAUGCAUAUGCUGAAGCACACGGGUGAAAAACCUCAUACAUGUGACAAAUGCAAUGUAUCAUUUGCAUGUAAAAGUAGCUUAAAAAAUCACAUGCGUAAGCACACUGGUGAGAAACCAUAUAAAUGUGGUGAAUGUUCCAAAUCAUUUGCAUAUAAACAUGUGCUAGAGAGGCAUAUGCUAACACACAGUGGAGGGAAAACGCAUGUGUGUGUUUUAUGUGAUAAGUCGUUUGCACAGAGAAGGUACUUAGAAGAUCAUAUGUCUGUCCACACUGGUGAGAAACAUAUAUGCGAUAUCUGUGGUAAAUUAUUUAGAAACAAAGGUUACUUAAUGACACAUUUGCGUAUCCAUACUGGUGAGAAACCGUAUAAAUGUGAUCUAUGUUCUAGAUCAUUUGCAGUAAAAUAUGUGUUAGAAAGGCAUAUGCUAACUCACACCAGAAAGAAACUGCUGUGUAAUAUAUGUUAUAAGUCAUUCACAGAGAGAAGAUAUUUAGAAGAGCAUAUGUUUGUUCACACUGGCGAGAAACCUAAGUGCGAUGUCUGUAAAAAGUCAUUUACACGCAAAUAUUACUUAAACACACAUAUGCUUAUACAUACUGGUGAGAAAUUAUAUGAAUGUGAUGUGUGUUUUAGACCAUUUGCAUUGAAACAAGCAUUAGAUAGACAUAUGCUUAUUCACACUGCUGAGAAAAAGCACAUAUGUAGUAUAUGUAAUAAAUCAUUUUUAUACAGAAGUUAUUUAAAGCAGCAUGUGGUUAUCCACAGUGGUGAAAAACGAUAUACCUGUAAUAUCUGUAAUAGCUCGUAUGGACUCAAAAAGUCACUGAACAGACAUAUGCUUAUCCAUGCUGGUAAGAAAGAGCAUGCAUGUGAUAUUUGUAACAAGGCUUUUAUAUUUAAAAGUUGCUUAAACAAACACAUGCUUUGUCAUACUGGUGAAAAGCCACACACUUGCAAUGUAUGUAACAAGUCAUUUACGCGCCUAAGUUCUUUAAAAUAUCACAUGCAUAGUCAGACAGGUAAGAAAUCUCAUAUUUGCAGUGUAUGUAACAGGUUAUUUACAAGCAAAAGUUACUUAAACAUACACAUGCAUAGUCACGCAGUUGGCAAACUUGAGAUUUGCAGUAUAUGUAACAAGACAUUUACGUGCAAAGAGUCUCUAGACAGACACAUGCAUUGUCAUACUGCUGAGAAAUCUCAUUCUUGCUCUAUAUGUAACAGUUCAUAUACAUGUAAAAGUGCCUUAAAAAUACACAUGCGUAUUCACACUGGUGAGAAACCUUUUACUUGCACUAUAUGUAACAAGGCAUUUGCACACAGUAGCUGCUUCAAGAACCAUUUAAUUGUUCAUACUGGUGAGAAGCCAUAUAAAUGCGAUCUAUGUGACAAAGCAUUUGCAUUAAAAAAAUGCUUAAGUAGACACAUUCGUGUUCACACUGUUAAGAAACUGCAUUCAUGUAAUAUAUGUAAUAAAUCAUUUUCACGUAUGAAUGAUUUAAAGAACCAUAGUGUUGUCCACUCUGAUCAGAAACGGUUUGUGUGUGAUGCAUGUAAUAAGUCAUUUAGAUGCAGAAAGGAAUUAAAGAGACACAUACUUAUCCAUACUGAUAAUGAAAUAUCUACCCAUACUGUUGAGAAGUAGAUUUAAGUCCUUUCCAUGCAGAUGUAACAUAAAUAAUUGUUUUCCAAAUCUAGCUGGAUUAUAAGCAAAGGUAACUGCAUAUGUAAUCUGCAUUAUCAGAUGAUAAGCAUGCAGUUGUACAGUCACAAGUCUUCGUUAAGUAAUAAAUAUAUAUAAUGCUGA